GGGUGCUCGAGGCUGCGAGAGGGGCGGGAGCGGCGCGGGCAAAGCCGGGGGCGACAGCGCUGCCCCUCCGCCAGCGGUACCGGCUUCGCUCGUGCCCGCUCCGCACGGACAGGUAAUGAGCGGACGGUUGGGGCCGUCGGGGCUGAGAGCCGCUGCCCGGGCCGGGGCGGCCGUCGGCGCCGGUGCCGUCGGGGCCGCGUUGCUGUGGGUAUCGCGGAUGGAGACACCGGGCUGCCCCCACGCCCACGAGUGCCAUCCCCCAGCCCGACCGCCGCGUCCCUCCCCACGCUCUCUCCGUCUCGGGGAUGCAGCUCUGACUGGUGUUGGAGGGGGGAGAAUGCAGGGGGUCGGUGCGCGCGGCUCCGGCGGCGUCCGGACGCCCCCUCGGCUCCAGCUCUGAAGGCGGCACAGCCAUGGGCAAGCACAGCAGCAAGCUGGCCCCGGAGAUGCUGGACGACCUGGUGAGGAGCACGGAGUUCAGCGAGCAGGAGCUGAAGCAGUGGUACAAGGGCUUCCUCAAGGACUGCCCCACCGGAAUCCUCAACCUGGAGGAGUUCCAGCAGCUCUACAUCAAGUUUUUUCCCUAUGGUGACGCCUCCAAGUUUGCCCAGCACGCCUUCCGCACCUUCGACAAGAACAGCGACGGCACCAUCGACUUCCGAGAGUUCAUCUGUGCCCUGUCUGUCACCUCCAGGGGGACCUUUGAGCAGAAACUCAACUGGGCCUUUGAGAUGUACGACCUGGACGGGGACGGGAAGAUCACACGCUUGGAGAUGCUGGAGAUCAUUGAGGCCAUCUACAAGAUGGUGGGGACUGUGAUCAUGAUGCGGAUGAACCAAGAUGGGCUGACACCCCAGCAACGCGUCGACAAGAUCUUCACAAAGAUGGACAAGGACAAGGACGACCAGAUCUCCCUAGAGGAGUUCAAGGAGGCGGCCAAGAGCGAUCCCUCCAUCGUCCUCCUGCUGCAGGGCGAUGUGCAGAAAUAGGGCCUGGGGCUCAGGGCUGGACUGGCUGCAGCCAACCUCAGCUCCCCACAAUGGUUUCUGUCCCCAUGCCAUGCUGAGUGCCCCGUGCCUGCUUGGCCCCCUGCUCUGUUCCUGCUGCCACCCCUCUGCUCUGCUCCUGGGCACUGCUGGCCCGAGGUCCCCUAAACCAGACCUUGCAGCUAAACCACUGAACUGGGGGAGCAUCCUGACACCCCAGGGCCAGCUGUCCUUGCACCCUGUUGCCUACUGUCCCCAUGGGGAUCCCAGUCCCAGCUCUUCCCCUUCACACCGACCCUGUUGCUGAAGAGCUCAGGGUCCUGGCCCUGGUGCCUGCUCUGCUGGCAGCACCCCACGGGGCUGUUGGGGCUCGGGACUGGUCCUAGGUUGUGUCCUGCCCUCCACCCCCCCUCUUCACACAGCUGUAGAUUUUUUGCUUCUGCUUUUGAUGGUGGGAAUCGCCAAGGGUUGGUCAGGGGACUUCAGGAAGUGUCCAAGGCCACCCUUGGCUGUGGCACAUGUCUGAUCCCAGAAACCACCCCAUCUCUUGUGGAUGACUUCCAGAACUACCCUGACACUACUGAGGAUGCCAGGAGGGUUUCUGGCCCUCCUGACCGCUGCAGUGCCUGCUGUCCCAGCCCCCUGCCUCUGUCCCUCCUGUCCCAGGACAGCAAUAUUGUCACAGAGUGGUAUUUAUUCUGCACAUUGUGGUGACAAUGACUGUGAUAUCUGUUAGGAGGCUGUGGAGUUACCUACUUUUUUUCCUUUUUUCUUUUUUUUUUUUAAUGGAAAAAUAAACUGUCCCCCAUUGC